GAAAAUGUUGAUAAUGCAGCUUGCAUAAGAAAAAGUGAAAGUGCAACUAUUAUAAAGGGUGUCGCUCUGUCUUGCUCCCAGCAGUCUCUACACAUCGUUCUUACUCUUCAUGACAACAAGAAAAAAACACACGAUGUGGUGACAAUCUGGAAUAUGGGAGACAGGCCAGCAGGAGGUUCGUGGAAAUCAUUGUCACCUCUCUGUUGCAAAACUGAACAGGCUGUGCAAAAAAUAUCUCCCCCAGCAUUAAACCAGGCUUCUUCACUCCCACUGCUGUCACCGUUUCAACAGACCCCGUCUCUCUCAGAGCUUUCACAGGGAGUCUCUGCAGUACCAAGCCUGCCACUACUGUCUAAACCCAAGAAGACAGAAAACAGUUCCAAAAGAGCCAUGGAGAAGGAGGAGGAGAAACAAGACUGUGAUUCGACCCAGGAUCUGGAAAGUAAGAAGGAGGAUGAUAAGAGCACAAUAGGGGAUGGCAGCGAUAUUAGGGAAAUGGAACCAGUGUGCACAGUGUUGGACUCUACAGAGUCAGCAGCAGCACACAAAACACAGUGCCCCCAAGAGCCUAAAAAACAAAAGAAGGUAGCUUACACCGUCGAAACCAAAACAGAGAGUGAGGAAAGUAAGACAGUGAAUGCAGCGGCCAGCCACCAGCAUGGCCGACGGAAGAGCACUAGACUGACACCUAAAGAUAUUAGAAGAAAGGCAUCAAUCAAAUACAGUAAACACGGGCCUGGAACCAAGACCAAGAACGAGCUUGAAGAGGAGGAAGAGGAAGAUGAGGAAGACGAGGAUGCUGGCUGUUCUUCAGCAGAGUGGAGAGCCGCUAAGACAGGAGGGAAAGCCAGACAGCUGACUGAGCAGCAGAUCAAAGCUUUCCGUGAAGUGUUUGGACUGUUCGAUCGGAACAGUGAGAACUGUGUUAAUGCCCCUCUGCUGGGGUCCCGUCUGAAAGAUUUGGGGCUGUCUGUAGGCGAAGAGGAACUGAAAAUGGCGGUGCAAAGUGCUGAUAUAGACGGAGAUGGAAUGGUUAAUUUUGAAGAUUUCCUAGCAGUGGUGACAGACUUCAGAAGAUUUUCCCGGGCCUUGAAUGUUUCAUCUAACUUUGCCAAAGAAGUUCAUUCCAAAGAUGUUGUAGACACAGUGUUCUACACUGUGAUAACCAAAAUGGUUGGAAUGGGUGCACUUUCUCACAAGCAAACAGGGGAGAUUGUCAGGUAUUACCAUGCAAUGUUCAUGAGAACACUAAAGAAGAAGUUGAUGAAACUCGAGGGAGACCACGUGAUUGGAGACUACUCUAAAGGGGCCAGCCUCAUGGGAUUGACUGACAAGCAGCUGCUUAAAUACCUAAAGCCACUCUGUGGUAGUAAAUCAUGUAGCCCGUACUCAGUGUUGCCGUGUCUGACAGCAGAGGCACAGCCUAAGAGGCUGCUGAGGAAGCCCGGGCCCAGGCACCCGGCCUUGAAUCCAGAAGGUGAGCCGGGGGGCCAUAUCUCACUCCACAGGAAGAACACGGUUAUUGCGAUGAGACCAGGACCCAAAACGAAAAAGAUGAUAAGCCCAGUGCAGGUCAAAUUAAGAAUAUCUAAGAAAACUAGAAGUACAAUGAGGUACAACAACAUGGCUCUAAUAAGGAAACGGGUCAAAGAAGGCAGUAACCGAUACCUGAAAGAGCUGUUUCAGAGCAAGCAGAGGGACACCUCGAAAUUGUGGGAUGAACUGGGAAAGUGGAACACCCCUGAGACACUGGAAAGCUUUCAACAGAACUUCUCCACCUACAGCUGGAGUUGGACUGGCUGCCGUAACCUUCUGGAGAUUGAAGACCUCAAGAGCCAAAGGCUCUUCCCCUCAUUCCACACCCAAAUGAGCAGCCCCCCAUCCAGCACUGCCUCACACAGCCGCCCUCUAAGCUCUGCGUGCUCCACGGACAGUGACCCGGAGCAGGUGGAGGAGGUCAGACAAGUGGACUGAAGACUGUCAUCUUUGUUAAAACUUAGACAUUUAACAUUCGAUAAAACAUGUACAAAAAACAAAAAAUAGCCGUGGCAUUUUAUUUAGUUAUGGUAGGGUAUAAAAAAAGGUUUGAAUGUUUUGUUUAAAGUAAUUAUGACAUCCAAUAUUUUUAAGAGUUCACAAAAUGCUGAAGUUACCAAUUUACCUUUCUUGUUUAUAACCCCUGUGGUCUGGCUGGAUGCCUGCAGGCUUGCCUGUAAGCUGCCCAGGGCUGCGUUGUCCUCCGACGCUGUAUAUCUGGGUGGCUGCAUGGUGAGUCUGCAGUGUGUAAAAAAGCGGGCGGCUAACAGCACACGCUUUGGAGGACAGAGUGUGUUCGUCUUUGCCCCUCCCUAUUCAGCGCAGGGGUGGUAACAGUGAGCUAAAAAAAAAAUAAUUGGACACUACUAAAUUGGGGAGAAAAUAACAAAAAACUAAUUGGCGACUACUAAAUUAAAAAAAAUAAUAAUAAUAAUAAUUUUGCCAUCAGAAAUGGAACGAAGCAUGAAAAACUUGAAUAUAGUAUCGGUACCGUCUACUUGUACUCUGAUUUAUAAAUAACGCCUGCCACUUUCAAAGUCUUUUCUUCAGGGGGUAUGUAGACAUUUAAGAAACACUUGUUACUGUCUGAAAAAUGUCUAACAUUUCGCAGCAAACAGUUCUGGGAGCUGGAAGUACAGUACUUGCAAACAAACGCUUGCCAAUAAUUGUAGCAAUAAUCAUAACACUGUCCAAGGAUUGUGGCAAAUCUGAACAUUUAAAAAAGUUUUUUUGACCUGCGCUAGUUUAUACACAACUAUAUACACAAUCAAACAAACAAACAGACAUGUGGACACUUGGUAAACACAACAGGAGGUCUGGCUUCACAUUGCACCAUUUACUGUUCAGGAUUAAGUCUAUAUGUGCUGUAAUGUAAUGCUAAGGAUUUUAAGGCUUCUGUUUUUUUUUCUUUGCUUAUUUUGAUCUAUUUUCGAGUUUUAUGUAAAUCUUUCUGGGCUUUCGCUUUGUAUAUACUGUAUGAAAUUAUUGUUUUCGGUUACUUUUUUCCAUCACAAUAGUAGUAACUCGACAGCCAGUACUUGCACAUUUAGUUGUACCUUCUUUCCUUUGCUGUCUUCCACAACAAAAUCCUUAUGGUCACCGGCACAUUCUUCUGAGGUUUGUGUGUGUCUAGGCAUUUUUUCACAUUUUGCCACAAUUUGCAAUUCUGUUUUAAUCUAGUUUAAGUCAUGCAAACAAGCCUUCUAUUGUAAUUGUAAUCUUGUUUUAAAUCUCACAAGCAGGGUCUCCAAUAGAAAUUUGGUGCCACUCAGUGGUUGGGGUGGGUUUAAAGUAUUCAGAACGAAUUAAUGAUAGUUACAAGUCAGGGAAAGGGGUGAAGUCAUGUGAAUUGAGUAACCAUUUCCAGUGUUUGCAUUUUUGUAUCAGGUGUUUUAUCGGUUAAAAUCGAGAAUCAGAAACCCUAAUCUUAAGGUUAUGUCAGUAUUUUUUGUAGCCUUGCGACCCCCUUUUGGGUCGAGACCCCCAGUUAGAGAAAUGCUGCUAUAGAGCUCCUGAACAUGUCUUCUGGUGAGCUGCUAGUUGUGGUCCUAUAGAUCUCUGAAACAUGUCUUUUCUCUUGUGAGCUGCUAGUUGCGGUGCUACAGGGCUCGAAAUUAGCUUUUCCAUGCAGUAACCACCAGGGCAGACAUUUUACCGGCCCAGUGUAAUGUUUUUUGAUAGUCCACUAAAAAUGCAAUUUUAACAUGACAUCACCAUCUGUAACCAUGUGACAUCAUUGACAGGAACUGAAGCUGCCUUCUUUCUACCUCUUUGCAUAAAUACUCUUGCUUGUUUGUCAUUCCUGUAAGUACAGUACUUCCUAGAUUUAGCCCUUCCUGUACAUCAACCCUAUAGAGAGAGUCAAAUUCAUUCCAAAAUAAUGAAAAUCAUUGCAAAAAGUGGUGCUAUUUUAUAUUGUCACACUAACUGAGGAUCUGCUAACCAUUAACUUUUUUUUUCAAGCAUUAAAACAAGUGUCGGCUCAAAAUAAAUGUGAUUCCAGUCAUAGUAAAUUCAAAUGUUCACCAAAAUUCACCAUAAAUACCAAAUAGGAGGCCAGUGAUUAGAGAAAUUGGCUUGUAACCAGGAGGACCCCAGUACAAAUCCCAGAUCAUGACCCUGAGCAAAUCCCUUAACCUCCUUGUGCUGUGUCUUUUGGGUGAGAUGUUGUUGUAAGUGACUCUGCAGCUGAUGCAUAGUUAACACACCCUAGUCUGUAAGUCGUGUCUGCUAAAUAAGCAAAAAAUAAUAAUACAUUUGAGUUUACUUUAUCUAACAUGUUUGCAUUAUAGUUUGCUAUCAAUAACUUGAAUUCCAUUUCAGAGUUUAUAGCACAUUCAGUAAUGAUAACAAUAAUGACAAAAACAGAACGCGUUGGACUGGGGCACUUCAUAAUACAAUGUGUUGACAAUAGGAUGUAAAUACUGAAUCUCCCUUUCCAAUUUUAUUUUUAAUUUUAGUGGGAUGAACUCAAUGUUGAAAGGCAUAGUAUAAUUUAUUUUAAUGUAUCAGAUUAUGAAUUAAAAACUAUUUACACAACAGCAAUGUACACAACACAAGUGUUAUAAAAAUCCAAUGCUUACACAUCCAGACAAAAUCUGAGAAAGGCCUCCCAUUCUUUCGAAUUGCAUGUACAGUCCUAAACAUUUGGAGCUUUUCAAAAUCAGCCGCUUUGACUUUGAGCAAAGCUAAAGCUUUCACUGCUUGUGUACUAGUAGAGGUUAGGGUGCUGCCUUCACUGCAGAAAUCCCGAUGCAGUGUUGAUGGCACUUUGACAAUUCAUGCUCUUUGACACUUUCCAACUUCCAGUUACUUGUUCCUACCACAAAUUGUUAAUUUUUGUAUUUAUUUGUUCUCUUGUGACUAUAACCGGCAUUGCGAGCAGUAGAUGUUCUGCUUGGUAUUGUCGAGAACAAGCCAUUCCCGAGUUUGUCCAUUGUCAUGAAUUCAUGAAAACAGGUGCACUCCACUUAAAGCGGAUCCUGUUUAAUACAUACAGUUGAUACAGAUAUUUUGCACAAAUAAGGUACAUCCAGGACAGUAAAUUACAGUCACAACGCAUUUAUGACGUCAGGCAGGAAAAACAGUUGCUGUUUACUUUUAUUCUUCUAUGUUUUUGUUGGCACAGCUGUUGUACAGUGAAAACAUAUAACGCAUACAAUUUUAAUUACAUUUAGCGCAAAUAUAAAUUCAUAAAAUGCUACUACUUAUUCCAUUGUACGUAGUUACAGACAGCAUUUCGAAUUGUGUUUACUAUGUACUUUGUUUAUAAAGUACUGAUUUCCAUUGUCCCUUAUAAGUGGAGUGCACCUGUAAUUAGUCUACAUCCAUCUGUUUUCUUUCAGGGGGCUUUUUUUGAUAUCUUCAAAAUGUCUCCACAUGAUGUGUAUACAGACAAUAUUUACCACAGAUUGCUUGAUGUGUACCGUAUUUGUAUAUAAGAUUGUAUGUAAGUAUUUGUAUCUAAGAUUAACGCUAGAGGGUGCCAAAUCAUUUAAACUCGAGCCAAGCCAAGCAAGCAAGCAAAAAAAUGAUUAAUUAAUUAAUUAAAUAAAUAAAUAAUAAAUAA